GGUUGAUACGUCGCAAGGUGGUGAGUCAUACUUCUUACCUCUCGAAUCCCUGUAUAAAUUUACUCUCUCUCCUCUCCCCUUUUCCCCUUCAGCUUUGAAAAACCCAAGAAUUUUAGCAAUGACGUCGUCUCUACGUCGCCUCCUCCUCAUCUCUCUCAUUCUCCAGUCCAUUUUCUUCAUCAAUGUCAGAUGCGACGAUGAGGAAGACAACCUUUUUCGAGGAAUCAACAGUUACAGGGCAACGCUAAACUUGACACGUCUAACUGAGAACGAGAAAGCAAAAUGCCUUGCUGAGAAAAUGGCGGAUCAGUUUAAAGGUCAGCCAUGUACGAAUAGCACAGGUUCCAACACUGUUCCAGGCAACGAGCCUAGGUUUACAGACUACCCUAAACUUCUUGACAAGUGCGACUUGAAUGUCACCACCACACGGGAUGGAGCGAUAUUGCCUGCUUGUGUUCCUCAUCUCGACGCUGCUCUUGUUCUCUCCAACUACACGUUGUCACAGUACUCGAGCUACCUCAAUGAUACCAAGUUUUCUGGUAUUGGAAUUGGUUCCGAAGAUGACUGGGUAGUUGUUAUUUUGACAACAAGCACACCCGAGGGAAGCUAUACACCUGAUACUAGUUCAGCCGGACUAGUCUUAAAGCUUCGUCUUAUCUCUCGAGCACUUCUACUUGUGACACUUCUCAUGCUAUUUGGAACCAGUUGAAUCUUCCCACUCUUAUUUGCCACACUUUUCAGAGUCGAUUUCUUUUUGAGGCGCUACUGAGAUUAUCUCUUUCGGUUGUAGAGUGGCUUUUUUUUUUUUUUUUUUGUAAUUUGUUGUAAACAGAAAGAAUGAUCAUCUACCAACCUUGUUCUCCACUGACAUGAAUAGACUAUAAGCUUGUUGGAGAUUCCACUUUUCCACUGCACUGAAAAAACAGCAUCUAUAUACAAAAUCUUUCUUCACAAGGUCUGUUACCUUUGGUGCUGUGUUAUUUCUGUAUGCAUUUGAUUAUGUGAUUUUUGCAUAAGAA